AUGGCACCUUACGAACUAUUAUACGGGAGGAAAUGUAGAACUCCCGUAUGUUGGAGUGAAGUAGGGCAAAGAGAGCUCGCGCCAAGUGAUCUAAUAGCAAUAACGAAUGAAAAGAUUGAAUUGAUUAGAGGUCGUUUGAAAGCAGCCCAGGGUCGACAAAAAGCUUAUGCAGACAAGAGAAGGCGCCCUAUUGAAUUUCAAGUUGGAGAUUUUGUUCUAUUGAAGGUGUCGCCAUGGAAAGGCAUAAUCGGCUUUCGUAAACGGGGUAAGUUAGGCCCUCGGUAUAUCGGGCAGUUUAAAAUCUUGGCUCGAGUUGGAAGGGUUGCAUAUCGAUUAGAAUUACCGCCUACUCUAGACGGAAUUCACAAUACCUUCCACGUGUCGCAAUUGAGAAAGUGUCUUGCGGAUGAAACCGCAUUAGUACCUCUCGAUGACAUCGAGUUAGACGAGGGGUUGAAUUAUGUCGAAAGACCAAUGGCCAUUAAAGAUGUCAAGGUGAAGAAGCUCCGCAACAAGGCUGUCCGACAAGUGUUGGUACAAUGGCAGCACCAAAAGGGGUCAGAACUCACAUGGGAAGCGGAAAAUGAAAUGAGGAAGCACUAUCCAUUUCUUUUAGGCGUGAAGGAAGAAAGUUCGAAUUCUAAGAAAGCGGAAGGAUCACAAGACCGAGAACUAUCCUUGUAUGACAAUCGUGGCAAAUAG